UAGUGUGAUUGUUGCAGUGUUAUGUGGUGUGGGGGGUGUGGUGAGCUGCUGGGCGCUGUGGUGGGUGAUGACGCGGCGGUCGGCGCCCAAGCCUGGCCUUCUGCACCUCUUCACUGGCAAGUACCUGCACCCUCAGCGCUGCUGCACCACCUUCCACUGGGACGACCCAUCCCUCGUCGGCACCACCGUUGCCUUCACCGUCCAGUUUUACCAGCGGAAUGGUCGACCGUACCCCAUCAGUGAUGCAGAUGGUGUCUUGGUGGAGAUAACACAAGGAAUUCAUAAGGUUGGCGUAGUAACAGAACUUGGUGGCACUGGAGAGGCAGAGAUAAACACAGCAAGAUGCAAGUUCAGCGCACGUCAGGCUGGACAGUACAAGAUCUCCAUCCUUCUUGCCAAUCAGCAUAUCCGUGGUAGCCCUUUUAUUAAAAAUUUCCUUCCUGGCCCCCCAGAUGCUAGCAAGACUGUGAUGGUGCAACACAGUUCCACAGUUGUCUGCACAGCCAGUCAGCCUCACCACAUAUUGAUAGAACCUCGGGACCAAUACCACAAUGUCUGCUCUUUCUCUCCUGGCCAAGCUGAUACAGAUAAUUACUCUAUUGCUAUUGUGGAGCUAGAAGGAGGUUGGACAAUGGAUGCAGGUAGCAGUAUUGUUUAUGACCACACAUCACGACGCAUCAGUAUCCAAGUUACACUUCAGCGCCCAGGCUGCUACAGAGCUCACUUAACAUACUGUGACACAACACUCACUAAUGGAAACUUUGAUAUAAUUGUGCUGACAAGUGAAGAUGCAUUACGAGUGCAAAAGACAGUGAUGAGAAGAGCUCACGAAGGCUAUGAAGCUCGCUUGCUAACCCAAAACGGAAGUCCUCUUACCAAACCCAAAAAAGUGUAUUGCUAUGUCACACCAAAACAGCUUAUUAUCAAAGAAUUUCUUCUGCGACUUAUUCCAAAACGAGUUUGUACAUUUCGCUUGUGCCCUUCGACAAAGUUUCAUUUCACUGGUACCAACAACCAAAGCGGACUUCCAACAAUGAGUAUUGAUGAUGGUUGUCAACCUCUGGUGUCUCUUGCUGGUAAAGACAGAAAUGUAAUAGCUGCAACAUUUACUCAGUUUAUGCUUAAAAAUAUUGGUGGUUCAGAAACCUUUAAAGAUAAGCAGGAUCACUUUUACCAUGAGGUGCGAAAGUUUCACAGCAAACGCAUGCACGAUAGAAUACAGAUAACUGUGACAAGAGAACGACUGUUAGAAACAUCUAUGAAAGCUACCAAAAACUUUACAGUUGCAGACUGGUGUAAAAACUUUGAAAUAACCUUCCAAGGCGAAGAAGGAUUAGACUGGGGAGGAGUGAGACGUGAAUGGUUUGAACUAAUAUGUGCCCAGUUAUUUGAUAACGACAAAGGACUUUUUGCUAGUUUACACGAAGGAAGACAAGCCUUAGUACAUCCUGAUCCAUACAGGCCAUCACAUAUGAAGCUUAAACACUAUGAGUUUGCUGGAAGAGUUGUGGGAAAAUGUUUAUACGAAUCUGCUCUUGGAAGUGGAUACAGACAAACAGUAAGAGCAAGGUUUACUCGAUCAUUUUUGGCACAGCUAAUAGGCCUUCGUGUACAUUAUAAGCACUUUGCUCAGGAUGAUCCAGAGUUGUAUAGUGGCAAGGUCAGACAUAUUUUGGAUUAUGGAUUGGAUAAACUAGAAGAUGAACUCUACUUCACCGAUGAGAUACUUCUUCCAUCUGGACAAGUUAAAGUGAUUGAAUUAGAGCCUGGAGGAGCAGCUCGAUUAGUGACCAAUAAUAAUAAACUGCAAUACUUGGAUGCUCUUGCCCAGUACCGACUCUCUGUGCGGGUACGACAUGAAGUAGACGCUUUCUUAUCGGGACUCAAUGAAAUCAUCCCAGAUAACCUCCUCUGUAUCUUUGAUGAAAAUGAGCUAGAGCUUUUAAUGUGUGGGAUUGAAGAGUACAGUAUUGCUGACUUCAAAGCUAAUCAUGUGGUUAAUGGUUCAUCUCCUGAGUUCCGAAGAGUUCUCUAUUGGUUCUGGACAGCUGUUUCUAACUUUACUGAAGAGGAGAUGGCUCGGUUACUUCAGUUUGCCACAGGUUGUUCCCGGCUUCCCCCUGGUGGCUUUGCUCAGCUGUCGCCACAUUUCCAAAUCUCAGCAGCUCAUACAUAUGGUGUCUUACCAACAGCUCACACUUGCUUUAAUCAACUCUGUCUACCAGACUACGACAGCUAUGAGCAGUUCGAGAAGGCAUUGCUUCUCGCUAUUAAAGAAGGUUCUGAAGGCUUUGGAAUGGUAUAACUCGUGUAUGUAAAAAUAUGAAAAAAAAAAAAAUUCUAAAUACCAAUACUGACAUGUGUUGUACUGAUCUGUAGGGAAAAUUAUGACAAAAGGAUGAGCUUUUUAAUCAAGAAUUUAUGAUAAUGUUGGAGAAGGGUUGAAAAAGACGACAGUGGCAGAGAAGAACUUCGUGAUAUUUUCCCACAGGUGAAAUGUCUUGGAGUUCCUCUCUGCCUUUUUGCCAUAUUUUACUUCCUAAUUAUUGAAUAUAAUUUAUACACGAAAGUCAAUCAAACUUAUGUGAAACAAGUGCUUUAUUCGUGGAUAAUAUGCUUAAUUUUGUAAUGACUCAAAUGUACAAGUUGAAACUUAUUGAAAAGGAAAAUUAAUUUGAAUCUCUUAAUUUAAUUUCAUGCCAUUGAUGUGGAUUAUAUGUAAGGAGUGACAUGCAUCUGUUAGUAGGGAUAUAUUAAAUAUCUUGACUGAAAUUAUA